ACAGAAGUCCAUUUUAUUUUCUGUGUGUUUGCUGGUUUGAUUGUCUCUGACUCCCUCCAGACGUUUAGUCUCUUCAUCAAUCUUCAUCGUCCUCAACCAUUCAUCAUGAAGACCCUUCUCCUCCUCACGGUUGUGCUCAGCAGUGUUCUUGCUGUCACAGCCAAAGCAGUUGAAGCCGUUGAACCAGUUGAAGAAAAACAGGAGCCACAGGAGGAAAACCUGGGUAAGAUGCUCUCACAUAGAAAACAACCUGAAAAACCAACUGUGUGUUUGACUGAUCGGUCUGUAACAGAGCUCCUGUUUUCUCUUUCAGUCUCAGAUGCAGAAAAUGAAGCUGGAGAGUUUGUUCCUGGAGCAGAAGAGCCUGAGAUGUUGUCUGCUGGAGAGAUGGCUCCUUCAGUCAAAGGUCGUUUCUUUGUGUGUCCUGCUGGUUGGGAGAGAUACAAGAGCAGCUGCUAUCUGUAUGUGAGCGCUGACAAAUCUUGGAGCAACGCUGUGGCCAAUUGCAAUAGUGUUGGAGCCACCUUGGCAUCUGCCCAUGAUUUGCUUGAGUACAGUUUCCUGCAGCAGUUGACCAGUAGGGAAGGAGGCACCCUUGCCUGGAUGGGGGGGUUCUACUUUCAGGGCUGGAGGUGGAUGGACCAGAGCCCCUUCGACUACAACUCCUGGAGUGCCCAGCACACCUUCAGCCAGUACCCGUGCAUCUACCUUAAUGCCAGGGUCGGUUGGUCCAACCAUAACUGUGGUAAUGAAUGGCCGUCCAUCUGCGUGAAGAAAACUGGCACCUUUUGAACAUGACAGCGUGACACAUGUUUGCUGACCUGUAUCCUUAUCUUAAAGAAAGUGAGGGAGGAUGUUGGGAGUGUUAGAUUAAAUAAAAAAACGAUCCUCUCAUAGGAGCCUGCUUUAAAAGUGCUGUGUGUUUUAGCAGUGGCAGAUUUGUUGAUAACAAGAGAACAGAAAUUGAAAUUCAAUAAAAAAAAAGAGCUAUCCUGUUGAAGCUCUUCUGUCAGGUCAAUGACCUGCAGGUUAGGUAUCAUUGGCCAGAUUCCCUCUACUGAAUCUCUCUGAUACUUAACUUGCACUUCACCCACAGCAUGAUGUAUGUAUCAUAACCACUAAUAUAUCAAGAGUGUUCUUUCUUGAAUGUUGUUGAAUCCACUUGAGACCUUGGUAUAUUUUCGAAGUCUAGAUAAUUAUUCCUCAUACUUUCAACUUCAGUGAUGUAGUUUUAAAUGGCUCUUCAAUCUUAUUCAUUAAAAGGUAAAAUUAUCCACAGCAUUUCAUACCUAGACUGAAGAAAUGGUUAUGGGCUAAUUGCACAUGUAGAAUGAAACUUCUUGAUAUUGAAUUGUAGUUUUUUUUGUAUGUGUCUCAGUUAUUAACAUUCCUAAAUCAGACUUUUAAACUAUAUUUAAAUUGUUGGUGAAUGAGGAGGCUAAAAUACAAAAUAAAUUCCCAAUGCAAUG